AUGGAGAAGAAGCGGGUGGCCAUCAUCGGAGCCGGUGUGAGCGGCCUCACUGCAUGCAAGCACGCGUUGGAGCAUGGCUUCCGUCCUGUCCUGUUUGAGACCGACGCAGACGCCAUCGGUGGUGUGUGGGCGCACACGCUCGCCUCAACGCGGCUUCAGACCCCACGGCCAUAUUACCAGUUCACCGACUUUCCGUGGCCACCGGGAGUGUCAGAUUUGUACCCUAACCAUAACCAGGUCAUGGAUUACCUGGGCUCGUAUGCGCGCCACUUUGGCGUGCUAGAGUGCAUCAGGUUUGGCAGCCGGGUUGCUGCUCUGGAGUACUCCAGUGAUGUGAACGAGGGGGAGAUGAUGACGUGGGAUCAGUGGGCCGGCAAUGGUGAGGCAUUCGGCAGCGGUCGGGGAGAGUGGAGCCUCACCGUGCAUCGCGGGAACCACCUUGAGAUCCAUGUGGCCGACUUUGUGGUUCUUUGUCUCGGAAGAUUCAGUGGCAGGCCCAAUAUUCCCGCUUUCCCGCUGGGGAAAGGGCCAGAGGCCUUUGAUGGCACGGUGAUCCACUCCAUGGAUUUCUCCAACAUGGACGAUGCAAAGGCCACCCAACUCAUCAAAGGCAAGCUCGUCACCGUCAUCGGUUACCAAAAGUCUGCUCUGGACGUUGCCACACGAUGCGCAAAUGUGAAUGGUCCGAUGUAUCCAUGCACAAUGAUUUGUCGUACGAAGCGAUGGAUCAUCCCGGGCUACCACGCAUGGGGUGUCCCGAUUUCUUUCUUCUACCUCAACCGGUUUUCUCAACUCCUAAUUCACAAACCAGGAGAGGGGCUGCUCCUUGGCCUUCUGGCAACAUUGUUAUCACCGUUGAGGUGGUUGUUUUCCAGGUUUGUUGAGAGCUACUAUAGAUGGGUUGUACCCAUGAAGAAGUACGGCAUGGUGCCAGACCACAGCUUCUUCGAUGCCAUGAGCUCAUGCAUGGUUGUGUUGCUACCCGAUAAGUUCUACAAUAAUGUCGACCAAGGCAGUAUCGUUCUCAAGAAAGGAAAGGAAAUGAGCUUCUGCAGACAAGGCCUUGUUGUAGAAGGCGAAUCCUCGACAAUAAAGAGCGACGUGGUGAUAUUUGCUACUGGGUACAGAGGUGACGAAAAGAUGAGGGAUAUUUUCAUGUCCCCCAUGUUCAAAGACAUUGUAGCAGGCUUGCCGUCUAGUAUCGUUCCACAUUUCAGGCAAUGUGUCCAUCCUAGGAUCCCCCAGUUAGCCAUCAUCGGCUACUGCGAGAAUGUGUCAAACCUGCAUGCGUUCGAGCUACGGUCAAAGUGGUUGGCACACUUCCUUCACGGGAGCUUCUGUCUGCCUAGUAUCCGAUCUAUGGAGGAGAAUAUAAUCGAGUGGGAUAAGUAUAUGAAACGGUACGCUUCAACCCAAUUCCGUCGGUCGUGUAUUGCACAGGUCCACAUCCUGUGCAAUGAUCAGCUGUGUCAAGACAUGGGGAUUAAUCACAAGAGGAAAAAUGGAUUCCUGGCAGAUUGGGUGCUUCCUUAUGGACCAGCAGAUUACGGUGGCAUCAACCGGCGGAAUAACUGA